AUGCUUGCGAGCUUGCCACAGACUAUCAAACCGACAGACUACCUCCCCCUUCUUUCCACAUUCAGCCGUCCAGUCACUUUGGAUGUACGGGAUGUGGAUUACAAUCGCGAUGGCGGGAUCGUUGCUAAUAGUGUGCAUGUGCCAUUCACCAAGGUUGUAGCCAAUACUGAUCAAAUCAAGCAGUUGCACGAAGCUGAUGCAUGCUUUAUUUACUGUCGUACGUCCGCAGCACGGGCACUCCUCUCGGCCAAUAGAAUAGCUAGAGCGUACCCCAAGCUGCCAACAUAUAUUAUUGAUGGCGGGAUAAUUGGUCUUCAGCGUGAGGCCCCCAUGGUUCCGAUCAUAGACUCGUCGAUGCCACCAGAUUCUCCUCGGUGA